CAACAUGCCUGUCAUCACGCAGCGAAAGUCUUCACUGCCCCGUUUCUGUGUGCAACAAAACAUUUCCUUUUUCGACAGUAUUAUUGCUGAUAAAGAAAGCUUUGUAAAGUGAUUUAAAUCGGGUUUUCCCUGCCCUGUUCGGUGCCAUGUUCCUUUGUAGCAGUAUUAGUUGAUCGGAGAAUCAGGUUAUCCUACAGAAUCAUCAUACAAUCCGUACCACUUACAGCCGAAAACACAAACCCAUCUUCCGGCACAGCGAUCAGCAUCGGAACUGCCCCGCAAUGAGCGAUCUAAAACUGCCAGAAUCGGAAACCGACCGGGAGGAGGUGAUGGCCCGCCACCGCAAGGAGAAGAAGGAGCUACAGUGCAAAAUACAAUCGAUGAAGAAGCUGAAGGUGGACAAGAAAAGGAAGAAAGAAAUCCAGGAAGAGAUUGCGAACCUCGAGCAGGAGAUAGAGCAGCGGCACGCGGAAGAGCUGAACCGGCUGAAUCUUACCGACGCUCCGGAACAGCCAGCGGCCCAAGAACUCCCACCAUUCACACCGGCCACUAACGGCGAGGAAGCAAACGAAGAAUCUAACCCGGAAAAGCCGGAAACGCGACUCUCAAAGGCACAGCGCCGCAGGGACAAGAAAGCGCAGGACAAUCGAGAGCGCGAGGAACAGAUCAAGCAGGAGUCGGCGCUGCUGCAGAAAAGCUCGCCACGGGUGCUGGAGGACAACCGCAUCAAUGGGCUGCUGCUGAAACGGGGCAUGCUCUCUCACGCCGUGCCGGCCGACGGUGACUGUCUCUACACGGCCAUCAACCACCAGCUGGUGCAGCGGGGCAUCGGUUCGUACAGUGUGCCCGAGCUGCGCCAGAUGACCGCGAACUAUAUCGAGGCAAACCGGGACACGCUGAUCUGCUACAUGAGCCAUCCGGACACGGGCGAGAUGCUGAGCGAGCCCGAGUUCGACAAGUACUGCAAGCAGGUGCGGUCGACCAAGGCGUGGGGCGGUGAGAUUGAGAUCAAGGCGCUGGCGAGCAGUCUGCGCUGCCCGAUCGAGGUCAUACAGGCUGAGGGACCGUCGACGGUGCACGGGGAGGGCGAAAGUGCGGAUCGGAAGCUGGUGCUGACGUACCAUCGGUUUAUGUACCGGCUGGGGGAGCAUUACAACUCGACCAAACCGAUCCCGGUGCAGGAGGCGGAAGGAGAAUGAGGAUUGAUUGCUUCAAAUUACACACGAAACACUAUUGUACGUCAAAAGAAUUAAUUAAAUGUUAAGCACAAUGUAGAUGGCUGAUUGUAAGAAGAGCGUGGUUAAUUGUUUUUGA